UUGUCUUUGUGACGCACCAAGUGGCCUUCCAUAGGUGAAUCGAGCCCGAUCAUCAGAGCGAGGGGGUGUCGAGCGCACCUGUCAGCGCGGUGACCCACUUCAGACCCAUCACCUUUAUAAACAAUUGCCAUUGUGAUCCAGUGGUUGGGUAGCACUGCACUAAGGUAACUGACCAUAAUGAUGCGCUACUGGGGGGAGAUUCCUGCCCCUGCAGCACCGCCCAGCCGGAGCUCCUUCGAUCUCCUACAGCGGGAGUUCCGCUCAGUAGAGGUACAAGACCCCCCAAUGCACCAGCCCUCCGCCCAGCGCCCUCGGCCAACGACCAUGCUGGACAUUCCCUCAGAGCCCUGCAGCCUAACAAUCCACACUAUUCAACUCGGCCAGCAUGCCCGCCGUCUUCGUGCCCUCCUGGCAGCCACACAGGGUCAGUCUCAGGGUGAGGGGGCAGCGAGCGGGGCUAAUCGGCUGGACGAAAGUGAAGGUCUGCCUCCUCGGCCUGUAACUCCUGCUCUGCCUGAUGAUUUACUCCCUCUUGACAGUAAGGCUCCUUAUCAGCCAUUCCAGCUGCGGCACAGUGAUCCGGAAAGUGACUUCUACAAAGGCAAAGGAGAGCCUGUGACAGAACUUAACUGGCCAUCAUGUCGUCAGUUACUCUAUCAGUCGGUUGCUACCAUUCUGGCUCAUGCAGGCUUUGAAAUGGCUAAUGAAAGUGUUCUGGAGACCCUGACGGACUUGGCUCAUGAAUACUAUCUUCGUCUCACCCGACUGCUACGUGUGGCGGUGGAUCGUGAGGCUCGCCUUGGAACUACACCUUUCCCUGAUGUGGUGGAGCAGGUAUUUCAUGAGACCGGCAUUGGCAGUGUGCUGGCACUGCAGAAGUUCUGGCAGCAACGUAUAAAAGAUUACCAUAGCUACAUGCUUCAGGUGAGCAAGCAGCUUUCUGAGGAAUAUGAGAGGUUGGUGAAUCCUGAGAAGGCAGCAGAGGACACCAAACCCUUAAAAAUCAAAGAAGAACCCCUCAGUGACAUCACCUUUCCCAUCAAUGAGGAGCUGGAGGCUGACUUAGCACCUGGUGACCAAUCCCUACCCAUCGGAGUGCUGGGCGCACCUAGUGAGAGAUUUUCAUCAGGCCUUGAGGUGGAAAACUCUCCUCACACAGCAGCUGCUGCCAAUAACAAUUCCCCAUUGUGGGUCUUAGCUCAAGUUAAGAUAGAGCCACAGGACACUGAGGAAGGGCAGGUGUCUGGGCACGCCGUUCUAAGUGGUGACGUCUUUGAGGAGCCCAUGUCCACUAUUAGUGAGACUGGCAUCCCCCCUUCUCCGGGUGGGGCUGGCUCUGAAGGCAGCUAUGGUUCCCACUCUCCAGACAGUCUCAUGGGAUCUUCACCUGUCUUCAACCAGAAUCCUAAAAAGCGCCUUAAAAAGGUAUGAUGAGAAGAAAUGUCUGCUUUACGCUGCCCAAGAAGUGGGUAUUGGAAAGGCUUGAUGACUGAUAAUUGCUGCAUUUCCUGCUUCUCCAUGGCUUUGACUUCUCAUGGAGCAGAUGAUCACUGAUGCGGUAGAAAUAUGAACUAGGCUGGACGAAUGGCCGCAAGAGAGCUUUGAUUGUGGCGUGCUGACAUUGCUGUGCCAGUUCAGCAUACUGUCCUUAACACUUGGACAAUAAAGCUUUAGGUUCUUCACUGGAAGAGACAUCUGAGUUGUUGUGAAGUACAGGACAUCUGCCACUUCCAUACAACAAACACUCGGGAAUGACAUUUUGAAGAUGCCAUCCAUUUUAGGUCCUGGACAUGGAGCAUUGUCACAAAGGGCACAACUUGGCAUCAUAUAGUUGCUUUUGAAAACAGUGGUUGUUUCUGUUCAGGGUUUGUUCUGCGUCAGAUUCAGGGAAUCAUCCAACAUCAAAGCUGAGCGUAAUGAACUGAUGAGGAUUACAAAGAGCCCGUUAAUAUCCACAACACCUGUGGAAGUCAGUUGGGUGGUACGUCUCUCUGAUUUUAUGAAAUAAACCAAGCUCUUUGGUCCUUUUGAUUCAGGAACUGUGCUUAGAUUUGUUAUCCAGAUAACGGAUACCUUUUUCAAUUUUACCUUGCAGAUGUUGCCCUGUAUAAGAAAAAUCAACGGCAUUGAAAUGACAACUGUUGUUAGCAUCACGUGUGUUAAGUAAAAAUAUGAAAGAC